AUGAGUCAACGAGACCUGGAUUCCAUGGACCGACCUCUCUUUGGUGGCGCGCCUACAUCAACUGACCGCGUCAUCAACUUGGUGGUGGGAAUGCUGACAACCAUCAUGGUUGUGGUGACCAUUGUCCUGGCUUUAGUCUUCUACCACAAGCCUCGGGCCGGACUCAACAUUUUCUUCGCUAUUGUCAUCCUCUUUAUAUGUGGCUCACAUGUGGUUCUGAUAUACUGGUACAGGCAAGGAGAUCUGGAUCCAAAGUUCCGCAGGAUGAUUUUCUACAAUGCCUUUACAUUAGUCUUGUUGUGUAUAGCGGGCAAUCUGUAUAUCAAUGGUGUUGGUACCAGCUGCACAUCGUAA